AUGGCGCUAACCUACCUUUUCUUCAUCAUCUUUCUCAACUGCUAUAUCUGGUUCAUGAAACUUCGCGGUCGAGUUCUUGAUAUAGAAACCGGAAUAUUAUUGGACGAUGAUGAUCAUCAACAGGCGGCGGCACCUACUUUGCGAAUGACGGAAGAGGAGUUAGAAGAAGCAUUCCCGAGCUUUGCUCAUGGGAAAAUCAUGGAGAUGGAUGAGGAUGAGUGUGCUAUAUGUUUAGAGGAGUUCAAAGAAGGAGAUGAGUGUAGGAUGCUUCUUCCUUCUUGCUUCCAUAUUUUCCAUAAAGCUUGCGUUGAUCCUUGGCUUUUUAAAGAUGGCAGCUGCCCGCUUUGUCGUGCUGUUUUGUUCUCGUAUGAACACAUGUAG